UAGACUAUUACAUAUCAUUAACUGGAAUGGAUGGGUACAAUUUCAAAUACUCCUUUCUCCUCUGUUUAUUUUACUUCAGUAUGAAUAAUGCACAACGCAAUUUGGAAUGCAGUUUCCCUUAUGGUCUGGACUGUUGUGAUGGCUAUUACAGGAAUGUCUCAAGCAACAAAUGCAUAGCUUGUCAAAUUGGCUAUCAUGGACAAAACUGCUCUGUAAAAUGCGUGUUUCCUUCCUUUGGGAUGGCUUGUGAUAAAGAAUGCAAAGAGUGCAACGAAUCAGAAUGUCAUUAUGAUGUAGGAUGCAGUGGAGAAAUGGAUGUAAAAAUCUCUACAUACGUCACAUUUCAAAGGAUGCAAACAACAAGACUAUAUCGGGUUCUUACAACAACAGGCAGCAAAAAAGGCAAUAUUAAUUUUUAG